CGAUCAAUCUGUAGCCACAAUAAAUGGAUGCUUUUGGGCAAAUGUAUGCGGAACUGCUUGAUUAACUUGGGCUAGGUUAAUAUUUGUCACAUUAUCAUCGGCUCUGAAUGUACGGGUGGCGCUUUUCUCCUAUGCAUUGGAAUAAUCGACAUUUUACAAGGAACAACUUUUAAUUUCAUUCAACUCUACACGCAUUAAGACGCAUGAAAUUACACUACUGACGUGUGACCUCUGGCGUGACGUUUAAUGCACAUUUGCACGCAUGGCGUGAGACAUUUAAUGGGUGAAAAAUUGAAGCGCAUAACAUUACCGACCGAACAAGGGGAGAUUAUUAAGUUGAAAGUAGCAAAUCUAAGGCGAAUUCAAUCCAAAUCGAGGUGGUGAAAAAUUUACAUCCGUUAAAUACGACCGUUCCAGCGCGCGUGUCCACCUCGUCAACGGUUUCUAUUCCCGUGUUCCUUUUCCUCGGGUCAAGCUAAGACGCUGAAGUGCAUAAUUAUUUCCUCCCGCUCCUUCUGGCUCUUCCCAACCACAACCCAACGAACAAUCGCGCUUGCCUGAUGAUCGUGCUUCAUUCGUCAUGUGCUUAUCAAUUAAUGGUUGGGAGUAAUUAGUGAAUGGGCAGAGCCUGUGAAACAGUGAGCGAAUGAAUAAUUAUCUCACCAAAAAUCGUUCAAGUUUCUUACGCGCUAGUAAAAGCGCGCUAGAAGCAAUGAAGGUGGUGGAGUUGUUUAAUUUUUAAACAAUUGACCUAUUGAGGUGCGCACAUUCGUUCAGAGCUUGAAAGGUGCGUUUUGUUUUCACAGCAGUUCAACAUGUAGUUAUUAUAUAUCUCUUAAGAAGAUUUCAUCAAUUGUAUUGUAUAUUGAUUACACAUACAAUUGAUAUGAUUUGUAAGUUUCUGUAGGCGACAAUAUCUUUAAUUUGAAUACUUCCCAGACUUUAUUUAUGGUUUCAUUUAUCACCUUUGAAAUAUAAAUAACAAACAAAUAAAUAGCACCUAUACGACCGUGUAUGUGUGUUUUUUUUAUUUUUCAUUUCAAAUAUCACAUCACCGCAAAUAUGCAAAUGAAUGUUUAAAAGACCGCUGAAGCGUUAAAAUGUGUUUGAAACACAUCAGGAUGUAAAAGCAAGCCCGUGUAAAGGUCAGCUGUACGCAUUUAUCACCAUAUCACAAGCUUUUAACCACCACCAAGAAGUUGUUAACCCUUUGUAAAGAACAUUUAACAGAGAACCUUGUUCUUAGCUGGUAGUGUCGUAGCAUGUGUUGUCUUGGAUGAACACCCGCAGAUCUUCGAAGGUCACUUAUGUACAUAUAUAGCUACUAGGGAGGCAGCGAUUUAUAGACUCUGGCGGUACACUCGAUUGGGUACACAUGCGUACUGUGCGAAAGAAAUAACCCAUCUGCAUGAUCGUAGGACAGAGUAUGAGUGAAACGAAACAUACAUCCAACAGCAAAGACGCGCGUAUUUCAAUGCUGAGAGGAUCUUUGUCUGGUGCAAGUAAAGCGCCAGCAACAUUGCAUCGCUUCAGCUGUUUUGCGAUUGGAGCAGAGGUUUGCAUGGUGAAGGAGACUUCCAAAGGCUUAGAUCGCGUUUGGUACUGUCAGUCGCGCUACAGACCGUUCCGUGCAAAGAUCGAUUCCGUGUGCAUCGUAAGCCAGUACCGCGAUGGCUGCCGAAGUGGGUUAUUUCACAAACACAGAGAAUGGAUACGUCCCGGCAAAGUUAGCCCAUCACAGUACCGGUACCCAGCCGCUGAGAUUGCUGCGUUUCAUCGUAAACCAUGUCAUUCCCGACACGGUCAAGUUCUUGGUGCAACUGGUUCCACUGCUUCUGAGCGGAUUGGUUGGAUUGGUGUUACCGACGAAGCGAAAAUCCAUCCGUGACCACAUAGCCCUCGUGACCGGCGGUGCUAACGGGCUGGGGCGUGCGUUAUGCCUUCGGUUGGCUCAGGAAGGCUGCCAUGUGGCCGUGGUCGAUAUUGACCAGGCCGGAGCGCAACGGACCGUUGAAGAUGUGCGCAAGCUUGGCGUUAAGGCGGAAGCCUUUCUAGCCGAUAUCGCGAACUACGAAGCAGUAGAACGGUUACGGCUGGACGUGGAAACGAAACUGGGUCCGGUCGAUGUGUUGGUCAACAAUGCUGGUCUGCUGGCAAUACUUUCACUUACCGAGGGAAAAGCUUCCGAUCUGGAACGCAUCGUUAAUGUCAAUCUGCUCUCACAUUUCUGGACCAUCCGUACAUUCAUCGAUGGAAUGAAACAGCGUCAAAGAGGAUACAUUCUUGCCGUCAGUUCGAUACUGGGUUGUAUUCCGAUGCCCCGGACCAUCUCCUACGUUGCUACGAAGUUUGCAGUACGCGGGAUGAUGCAGGCACUAGAGCGCGAAAUAGCGAUAGAUGGAUUCAAGGAAACGAUUUUUCCUGCAACUCUAUUUCCAACGUUCAUCGCCACCAGGAAGGAAUUGGUGGAUAUGUUAAACGAAUUAAGUUUGGAUGAAAAGCUGACCAUCCUAACGCCUGAAGCCGUGGCGGACACUGCUGUUGAGGGAAUGUUACGAGGGUAUACCCAAAUCUUUGCUACACCGUUUUUUAUCCGACUAUUCGUAUCCCUUAUAGAAUUACUGCCCAAUGCGUUGACCAAUCUUUUGAUUGAAACGACUAUGGGUCACCUGCCAACACUGAUGGAGAGAAGUAGUAAAAAGGAGUGCUAAAAUUGUAAAAGUUUUCAUACAGAUGUUCAAAACGGAUCUUAUAAAUGGUACUUUCAAAUUGUGUGAGUAUGUAAACAGUAGAUUGUAUUAUUUAUAAAAUAUCAAAAAUAUUCAAUAAAUUGUAAAUUGUACGUAAAAGCCAUGGAAGGCUUUGUUCAUUUAGUAGUUGUACACAAAUCACAUGCUAUAAUUUUUAACGUAAAAUAUUGGUUU